AUGUGGGCCUCGACGGGCCGCCCGGUCAUCAUCUACGACGUCAGUUCGAAGGCAUUGGCAUCAGCAGCUGUUUAUAUUGGAGACGCAUUGACUGCAGUUUGCGCUGUGCGCGAGACCCAUCCCGGUCGCGUCUCUACGACCAUAGUGCUUGAAGAGGCAUGUACUGCCGACCCGUGGAUGGCGAUUGAAGCGCUACCAGAGGAUCCCGAGAUCAAACGCGAAAUGCUCGGCAGGGUUGACGCAUUGGUACCGGAAGACUGCAUCAUUGCCUCCAACAGCUCGACAUGGCCCACUUCGGCGCUCAGAACUCUGAUUGCCCGCCCUGAGCGUUUGCUCAACACUCAUUACCAUCUGCCUCCUCGCAAUACUUACGUGGAGCUGAUGACUUGCGGUGCUACUGAUCAGCAACUCAUGCCUUUCCUGGAAGAACAGAUGCGAACCGUUGGCUUUACUCCGUUGGCUCUGCCCCACGAGUCGGUGGGCUUCGUUUUCAACCGCAUUUGGUCUGCAGUAAAGACAGACACACUGAGGGUCCUGCAAGCUGAGCUUGCUUCCCCCAGAGACAUAGAUGCGCUUUUCCGAGAUUUCUUUCAUGCCGAGAAAGGACCUUGCGAGAAGAUGGACGAGGUUGGAUUAGACACAGUCUGGCAGGUAGAGAGGAACAGGGUGAACAUGGGUGUGAUUGAUCCCAAAAAAGCGGGAUAUGCAGAUUGGCUGGAAGAGAACUACGUCUCCAGGGGAAGACUGGGCGAAAAGACUGGAGAUGGACUGUACACUGCCGAAGAAAGGAGGGUUUUGGCACAAAGGAGGGCAUCAGCAAAGCGGUCUUACUUGAAGCUGCAGUAA